AUGGAGGUAAACGUUUUUUUUUUUAAUUUAAGGUGCGAUUACUGUAAAUGUGAUGUUAAGGUAUCUGCAGGGAAAACCCAACUAGUAAAACAUUCUGAGACUGAAAAGCAUGUUAAAGCUUUGCAGAGAGCAUCAAUGGGCAAGCAAAGUCAAGUAAAAAUAAGUCAAAUGUUUGCAGAAAGUUCUAAAAAAAUAAGCAUUGAAGAAAAAGCGAAAGAAGGAAUUAUAAGAACUGCGGGGUUUCUAGCCGAACAUAAUCUCCCUAUGAAUUUGAUGGAGCAUUUCAUCGAGUAUCUCAAUGCUAUAGGCACUGAUUCAGAUAUUGUCAAACAAAUGAAAUGUAAACGAACAAAGAUGUCAAGAGUUUUACAAAAAGUUACAGGCUUGUCUCAAGAAUCUUGGCUACUUGGCCUAAUGAGGGAUAAUAAAUUUAGCAUUAUCAUAGAUGAGUCUACUGAUAACUCGUGCACCAAACAUUUAUGUUUAGUUGUAAGAAUGUGCAUUAAUUUUGACAUUGAAGACAACUUUUUGGCGGUAAUCUCAGUAGUAGAGACCACAGGGGCUGCACUUUAUAAAAUUUUAAUCAACUUCCUUACCGAAAAUGGUGUUCCAUAUAAGUCAAACUUUAUUGGCUUUGCUUCAGAUGGAGCGAGCAACAUGGUUGGCGUUAAUAAUUCUGUGGUCAGUCGAUUGCGAGAAAAUAUUCCAGGUAUAUUCAUAAUGAAAUGCAUAUGCCAUAGCUUUCAUUUCUGUGCAUUAUAUGCAUGCCACAAGUUGCCUGAGGAAGUGGAACAAUUUGCGAGAGAAGUAUAUAACUAUUUUUCAAAUAGUCCGAAGAGAGUGGAAGAAUAUAAGGAAUUCCAGGAAUUUGCAAAUGUCUCAAUAUCGAAGAUUUUACAUCCUAGCCAGACACGUUGGUUAUCUCUGGAAUGCGUGGUUAAAAGGCUUCUUAAUCAAUAUGAAGCUUUGAGGUUGUAUUUCGUAGAUCAGGCGUCUCUUAAAAUCAGUCAAGCAAAUAUUAUUUUAGAAAAACUAAACACGCCCGAAAAUAAAUUAUACUUAUCAUUUUUAUCGCAUGUAUUACCUAUUUUUAAUAGCUUAAACAAAUUAAUGCAAAGCGAAUCGCCCAAAAUUCACGUUAUUUAUAAAGAGGUUGCUAGAACAGUUAAAACAAUUUUAGAUUAUUAUAUUAAGGACGAAUAUCUAAAUGCCAACAUUGAAAAUAUAGAUUUUAAAGACCCUAGACUUUUUUAAAAUUUAAAUGACAUGUACUUUUCUGCCCACAUAAACUCUGCCGAUCUGGAGAAAAACCGACUCGACAUGGUAAAAUUAAGAUGUCUAGACUUUUAUAUUGAGAGUGUGGAGCAAAUAUUGUCAAGAUUUCCACUUAAAAACUCUGUGUUUCAGAAAUUAGAAUUUCUAGAUCCUGAGGUAGUUAAAUCAAGAAAAAUCAGGUCUAUAAGUAAUGUUUCUAUGUUGUUUCAAAAUUUAAUUCCUGCUGAUAUGCAAGUUAUUGACAAUGAAUGGUUGUUACUUAGAAAUUAUGAAAUUAAUUUUACCUGGAAAGGUAUUUGCGAUUUUUGGGGUAAAAUUGCUAAGAUUAAAUGUGUGGAAAAUACAGAAUCCCGGUUUCCCAAUUUAAGUAAUUUUGUGUUUAAUUUAUUAACUUUGCCGCAUUCCAGUGCUAACGUAGAGAGGGUGUUUAGUCAGAUAAAUUUAAACAAAACAAAACAGAGAAAUCGGUUGAAAACUCCUAUGAUAGCUGCUAUACUGCACACCAAAAGUUUAGUGGGCAGAGAAAACCGUAUUUGUUCAAAUUUUCCAAUAGGAAAAGAUUUGCUUAAAAAAUUAAAUAAACAAAUUUAUGAUUCCGAUGAGUCAGAAUAAAAUAACGGAUAUUUCGGAUUUUUGUUUUUCAGUUAUUUACUUUAAGAUUAUGUACGUUUGUUUACUUUAACAUAUAAUUUUAUGUUUUUAUUUAAAUUUGUUAAUAAAAAAGUAGAUAUUUUGGUA